AGGAUAUGGAUGCUGUUCUUCCUGUCGCUUCUGCUCCUCGAGGCCGUGAUUGCGGGCGCCGUGGAGGAGGAGGAGGAGGCUGGAGACAAUGCGGAGGAUGACGCGCUGGGCUCCAUGCUCGCCGGCUUCGUGGCAGAGUGGAACCCGCAGAAGGUUGGCCACGCCAGGGAGCUUCGCAGGAUCGUAAGGGCGGCCGGGCGACAGGCGCGGGAUCUCUCCAUGUUUCUGUAUCCGCUGGCCUCCACGGCGUCGCUGGCGGGGCAGGUCGUCUCGUUCAUCCCCAACAUCGUGAAGGGCCUGGUGACGGGCGUGUCCUCCGUCGUCGACGUCUUCGGGAUGUCGAUCAGCUUCCUCGGCGGAGGCCUUGGGUACUCCGCCGCGGCCGUGGAGAAAACGGGCCGAAGCAUACAGAAUCUCUCCUCGGCGAUGCCCGCGGUCGUGACGGGCGUGCUGUUGGCCGGAACAAGCCUGCUCUUCAUGUUUCCUAAUCUACAGUCCUGGAUGGUCUCUGGAUUAGCCUCCACUGGACUCAUGUACGGUUAGCGAGCAAGAUGGCUGCCGGCGCUCGGACCUACGUGGAGGACAAUUCUCUGUGGUCGACGCUGCUCGAAACCUUUGAGGUGUUUGCCUUGAGAGCGAGAGAAGAUUUACAGUUAAAUGUGUAAUAAAGGAGUUUGUGGAUUUUA